GGGUGUGGUGUCGCGGAGGCCUAGGGGCGUCUCGGAGGUCGCCCCGGGAGAGGGGUUCGGUUGGUUCGGUUCCUCCUGGUGUGGGGAAGGCCGAGCUGCGGGCGCAGCUCGCCGGGGUCGUUAACCGGUGGACUUCAUGUGUCCACAAGGUGAGACCCUGGCCCGGAGAGCCCGUCCCGAGUCCGCUCCGCCGCUUCCCGUGGACGCGCGGGGCGGUGGAGCCACGGCGGUGCGGUCACGGCUCCCCCGAGGGGACGCUCGGCGCCCCCCGACCCAGAUGAGAACCCCUGCGGGGCCAGCGGGCCGGCAGCGGGCGGGACGGGCUCGUCCGGAGCCGGCAGGAAGGGGACACCCCGGUUUGGAGUGGGCCCAGUGGGACCGGCUUCUGGAGCGAAGGUUUGCAUUCUCGCCGGCAUUGCCGGCUCACGGGCUCGUCCUGUCUCGGUGGCACCCUGCGCGGGGCGGCGGGGCGCCGGCCGGUCGGCGGCCCAUUCGAAGUCCUGGCCGCUGGGUCUGUAAGAGCCCGCGCCGCACAGCUCGUGGAACCAGAGCGAGGGAGAGCUUCCUCCACGGUGGUAUCCUGCUGCUGCAUCCCUGUGGCCCUCCGUCAGCCCAAGACCCAGGCCUCCCAGGCACCUGAAGUCAGCUCUUGGCUCCUGCUUUUUACUGCUUUAAGCCCCCAGCCCACAGCCCCAGCUUCCCUAUAAGUUUUGAGUAGUCAUUCCACCUGAGUGGGAAGGGCAUCCACUAACAGGUGGAGAGAGUUGAUAUAACCUCCUCCACUGGUGCCUCCUGCUCAGCCCCACGCCGAGGGGUGGCUGCCUGACUCCCUCCGGGCCCAGGGGGGCAGGAACACGAAAACCCCUCACUUGGAAAACUUACAGACUUGUUUUAGCGUAAACAAAUACGAAGUGUUCAGAGCUCAGGAAAGUUGCAAGUGGGUACUUAACUGCCCCCCAAAAGAGAGAAAGACAUUUUCUUUGAAGAAAGUGAAAAAGGUCACUUUUUGCUCUCAAUGUUAUAACUGGGACCUAGGUCAGGGUGAUGCCACCUGAGGAAGCCUGGGGUGCCGAGGCCAUCCUGCCUGCAGUCACCAAGGAUGUGCCCGGUCCUCUUGCUCCAGGCUAGGACGUCCCCUGGGGGGAAGCCCCAGCCCCACCCCGGAGCCCACAGGAGCCCUGCCAGGUGUGGUGACACCAGGAGGGGUGUCAAAGGAAGCCAGGCAGGGGGCCGUCGGCCGGGUCUCCGUGGCCACCCGCAGGUGCCUGGGCUGGACCCACGUGUUUGCAGGGCCUCUGGUCAGGUGGCGGAGCAGCCCCUCCUGUCCUCCCUCCCCAGGUGGGUGCCCUCGGGCAGGGCCAUUUGCUGGGCCUGAGAGUCCUUAACCGCCGGCCAGCUCUCAUCACUCCCUCUUCAG